AUGGUGAAGCCCCUCGUCUUCAAGGGCGACAAGAAGCCCAAGAAGCGGAAGCGCACCGAUGACUCGCGCGAUGGCGACCCUUCGACCAAGAACUCCCGCCAAGAGGAUGCCUCUGCCCCCGGCGCCGAAGGCGUCGAAAACGACGAUAGCUGGGUCUCGGCCGAGGCCGUCGCUGACGUCUCCGGCCCCGUUAUGAUUGUUCUACCGACAAGCCCCCAUCAGCCUUGGCCUGUGAUGCCAACGGCAAGGUUCUUGAGCUGCGAUAAGCACGGGGUUCUCUCUGCAACAACGGAAGCCGUGUCCCCUCUGGAAUCCUUCAUCCUCGUUGUGACGGAGAGCGCCGAGUUCCAGAUCCAGACGCUUGCGGGCAAGCUCCUCUCCGCGAAUCCUCCGCCGGCCUCCAAGCCCAACGCCCAAGCCGAACUCCGAGGCGAUGCUGAAACGGACGCGCCAAACACGACGAUGCGCAUACGCAUGCAGGCGCGCUUUAAGCCGCGCAUAAAAGAGUUGAAGGCCGGCAAGGCCAAGGAGAAGAUUUCUAGGCAGGAGCUCGAGGCGGCCGUGGGUAGGAGAUUGGAAGAGGAUGAGGUGAAGAGGUUGAAGCGGGCGAGGAGGGAAGGGGACUACCACGAGCAGCUCCUCGUGCUCAAGGUGAAAGGAAAGCACGACAAAUACAGCUAA